GUAGUCAAUAGUUUGACAGAGUACUGAAGAUGGAGCUGUACAGAUCUCAAUACUCAUCAUUCUUUAUCAUCGCAAACUCCAAAAGUAAUUAACGAUGGGGUGGUUGACAGCUUGCACAAGCCUGGUUCUAGUGGGUUUGCUUGCUCUUGCAGUUCAAGUGCUGUACUUCUCACCCAUAGACCCGAUCAUAGUUGAAAGGCCUCCAUCAGCUUCUCCUUUCCCCGUUAAUAACCAUUUACAGAAAGUCAUCAAGCUUGGAGAAGGAAUUCUGAAGGAUCCGGAAGAUGUUUGUGUAGAUAAACAUGGAACUCUUUAUACGGCAAGCAGAGAUGGUUGGAUCUCGCGAUUGUACCGAAAUGGUUCCUGGGAGCACUGGAAGAACAUUCAAAGCCAUACCAUGCUUGGAAUUAUUGUCACAAGACGGUCUGAUGUCCUUGUUUGUGAUUCUGACAAGGGGUUGCUCAAAGUGACAGACGAUGGCGUCACAGUUCUAGUUUCUGAGGUGAACGGUUCUAAAUUAAGGCUUGCAGAUGAAGUGGUGGAAGCUUCAGAUGGAAACUUAUAUUUCAGCGAAGCUAGCACCAAAUAUGAUCCGCACAACUCGUUUCUAGAUCUGCUCGAAGGAAGACCCAAUGGCCGAUUGCUCAAGUACAAUCCAUCCUUAAAUGAGACUUCUGUGUUCUUGGAUAAUCUGACCUUUGCCAAUGGCGUUGCUCUCUCCAGGGACGAAGACUAUCUUGUGGUCUGUGAAACUUGGAAACAUAGUUGUCUAAGGCACUGGCUAAAAGGAGAGAAGAAAGGCAAGACAGAGACUUUCAUUGAGAACCUUCCAGCCGGACCUGAUAACAUUCAUCUUGCUCCUGAUGGCUCUUUCUGGGUAGCUUUGGUUCAGUCUAUAUCUGAAAAAAUGAGGUUCGUGCACGCUUCAAAGGUAUUGAAGCACCUGCUGGCUUCAUUUCCAAAACUAGGUAAUUUGGUAAGGGGAGCACAUGAGAAGGCAAUGGUGGCGAACGUGGGGAGCGAUGGGAAGAUAAUCAGAAUAUUUGACGAUGAUGAAGGGAAGGUGAUGACUUUUGUGACUUCGGCGUUGGAGUUUGAGGACCAUCUUUACCUGGGAAGUCUCAAUUCCAACUUUAUUGGAAAAUUGCAAUUGCGUAGUGAAACCAAAACUGGCUAGUUACUGAACAAUAUAAGUUUAGCUUUCAUUUCAAGUGAUGUGGUUUUGUAUUUCUGUAUUGUUCAAUUCAAUAUCAUGUUGUGUAA